GAGGUCACAAUAUUAUUGGAUGUAGCAAAUCUACAAUAGCAAACAUGAUUUCGUACCACUUGGAUUUGAAAGGACCAUCUCAUAUUGUCGAUACAGCCUGCAGCUCUAGUCUUCAUGCCAUAGCCGUUGGUUAUAAUUAUAUCAUGUCAGGCAAAUGCGAAGACGCUAUAAUUGGAGCUGCAAAUCUAUGUUUUCACUCAAUUAUAAACCUGCAAUUUGCUCGUCUCGGUGUUUUGUCACCGAAUGGUUAUUGUAAACCUUUCGAUGCCGGUGCAAAUGGGUAUUGCCGUAGUGAAACCGUGGCAGUAAUAUAUCUUCAAAAGGCGAAACACGCGAAAAGAAUUUAUGGCACAUGUCCGCAUAUUAAAUUAAAUAAUGACGGUUACAAAGAAGAAGGGAUAACAUAUCCAUCGACGCUUAUGCAAAGUACUUUGCUAAUGGAAUUUUACAAUGAGUGCGGAAUAUCGAAACUUUGCUUGGAUUAUAUUGAAGCACAUGGUACCGCUACGAAAGCUG